AUGGAAGGCAGUUUCCCAUCCGUGAAUUACCCUCUCCACGGAGGCUCUCCUGAAGCGAGCUCCAACCCGCCUCAGGCUUCUUAUCCGCCUAUGAAGACCUACCAAUCCCUCCAUCUGAAACAAAUAUCCUCAAAAGCCCAAAUUCUUACCUUCGACCAGCCGCACCCAGCCCAUCCAACCUACAGUAUCGAAACAACCAGCACCUCUUUCCUAGGACACAAGCCUGAUCUUGCCAUCUCCCGCGAGCACAACAACGUCUCUCAGAAGGUCGCAGAAGGAAACUUUGAGAAACACAAUCCCGUCUCCAAGAUUAAGUAUCGCGACUUGAAGAAGGUAGAAGAGCUUCGGCUAGAGGACCACCAAACCCAACGCACUAUCGGAAUCAUUGAUGGGAUGCCAUGGGGCUGGUGGCAGCCAUCGCAAGUGGACAACUUGCUGGUAGAAAUAGUGGCUCCAUCGAACGAGCUCAUCGCUCGCUUCGUCUACUCGAACGAUCAUAACUUCUCCGAUAAGGUUAUCAAGUUUGGCACCGUGCUAGGGGAGCUCCAGGUCGAUGAGCAGUAUGCCAGCAACCAAACAGUACUGGACCAGGUUGUGUGCAUGACAGUCACUUUGGUCGAGAGGGAGAAGCGACGACAGCAUAAAUUGAAGGGAGAGGCAGGGACGGCUCCAGUGGCAAGCUUGAAGGCGGGAAUCACUCACCCCAGUAACCUAGAAGUCGACGGACCUGCUCUUCCGUACGAUGACGGAGUCAUCCGCUAG